CUCAUUCUUCAGUAGGGUAUUGUAGCCCAAGAGUUCUUACAUAUGUCCAGGCAAACACACCCAAAAGCUCAAUCCUUUGAUUUUGCUCCCAACGCAUUCGUUCUCUACCUUUAUCUUCGCUUUUUCUCAUCUCCCUUCCGCCUUCUUCACCUACAGCAAAAAUCAUCUGUCCGUUUCGUUCCUUCUUUUAAAAAAAUUCACUGUCUAUUUAGCAGGUAUCAGUUUCCCAGUUAUAACAAUUCCUUCUCAGUCUAAUAUUCCAGCCACUGUCUUCCCUCGUUUUUGCUACCUCUGCCUCUUGUGAUUGGUUAAUCUGGAAAAUGAGAGGAAAUUCUUCUUUGAGAGGGCUGCUCCAACACCAUCCUGCCAGAACUUCAAUUUCUCCCAUCUCCCCCUUCAAAGCAUGUUUUCAUCUUUAGAAUAUGAAGAUUAUUAGUUAUAAUCGCAUCAUUAAUCCCAGUUUGUUGCUCAUAAAUCAUGAGUUGCCUUCCAACACGAUCCAUCGACCCCGGUUGAUAUCCACUUCAGCUCCAAGCAUUUCAAGUUUCAAUAUGAGGAAAAAGGUUUUGAUUAUGAGAUUACCGUGUUGUUUUGCUACGAGAGCUGCUCUUUCAUCUUCAAUGAAGACAGACACUUACAGUGGAAGUAGGAAACAGAAGAGCUCAUCUUUCUACACUCAUCCUAGUUUAUUAGAGAUGAAGAAUGAGAAGGAAGCCAACCGUGCAUGUGUUUAUGAAUUCUUGAGAAGCAUUGGCAUUGUACCUGAUGAGCUCGAUGGAUUAGAACUUCCUGUGACUAUGGAGGUCAUGAGAGAACGUGUGGACUUUCUUCAAAAAUUGGGGCUCACAAUUGAAGAUAUCAAUUGCUAUCCUCUUGUUCUGGGAUGCAGCGUGAAGAAAAACAUGAUUCCCGUGCUUGAUUAUCUGGGUAAACUGGGUGUUAGAAAAUCCACCUUGACAGACUUCUUGCGGCGGUACCCACAAGUUCUACAUGCAAGUGUGGUGGUAGACCUUGCUCCAGUUGUGAAAUAUCUCCAAGGCAUGGAUAUUAAAUCAAAUGAUAUUCCUCGAGUAUUGGAGAAGUAUCCUGAAGUGUUGGGGUUCAAGCUCGAGGGCACAAUGAGUACAUCAGUUGCUUAUUUGGUAGGAAUUGGGGUGGCAAGAAGAGAAAUUGGUGGGCUUCUGACUAGAUAUCCUGAGAUACUAGGGAUGCGGGUAGGUCGGGUAAUUAAACCAUUUGUAGAGUAUCUGGAAUCCUUGGGAAUCCCGAAGCUAGCUGUUGCCAGAUUGAUUGAGAAGCAUCCUCACAUUCUUGGGUUUGGACUACAAGAAAGGGUAAAACCAAACAUUAAAUCCCUUUUACAGUUUCAUUUGAGAGAAACUGCACUUCCUUCAGUAAUUGCACAAUAUCCUGAGAUCUUAGGAAUCGACAUGGAGGCUAAGAUUCCAAGUCAACAAGAGUUUCUCAAUUCAAUAAUUGAAUCUACUUGUGAAGAUUUUGGGCGAGUUGUUGAAAAGAUGCCACAGAUUAUUAGCCUCAGUAAAGCACCAGUAGUGAAGCAUGUUGAUUUCCUUAAAGAAUGUGGUUUUUCCUUGGAGGAAGUGAGAGAAAUGGUUGUAGGAUGUCCCCAGGUGCUUGCUCUAAAUCUAGACAUUAUGAAGCAGAGUUUUGAGUAUUUCAAAUCUACAAUGGCAAGGCCUUUGCAAGAUUUAGUUGCUUUCCCAGCUUUCUUCACUUAUGGUCUGGAGUCCACAAUAAAACCAAGACAUAAAAGGAUUGCCGAAAAGGGUUUAAAAUGUUCCCUUACAUGGCUUCUGAAUUGUUCUGAUGAGAAAUUUGAUCAGCGGAUGGGUUACGACUUUAUUGACUUGGAAGAAAUGCAAGUUGGUGAAUCAUCCUUUUACAUGAAUACCCUACUGGAACCCAGAAAUGAUGAAUCAGCCUCUGAUUGCGAUGAGGAUUCCGGUGAAGGCGACAAUGUAUAGGCUACUCGAGUAGAUGUUCUUCUGACCUCCAGAAAUUAUGUAAAUGCCAACUAUUUCGAAUUUCUGAGUUUUGAAUGGCCAUGAAGGUGGCCCAUGGGGUUUAUCAAAUUGAAUAUAGGAAGGGGAACUUCACCAGAAGAGUGACAUUAAUGGCUCAUAAAAUGAUUGUUGAUUGGUCCGAAUUUCUGAAAUGAACCAUAGAAGUUAGAACCCUAGAAUUCAACAGUAUUCUACUCCCAUGUUGCACGCAGAACAAUUUUGCUACUACUAUUCAAAAUCUUAAAGAGAAGGAAGCUAGUAAGAAAAUUCG